AUGUCUGAUGAAGGAGUGCGUGAACGCAUGAAUGGAUCUAAUAAUGGAAACUCUCAAACAAUUUCUAAUUUAUCUGUGGGGUUAAAAUCAGUCAAUCUCAAUGAGCAGCAGAACGAGGUAAACUUGAACUUAUUACAACAGCAAUUACAUAAUGAGGUCAGUUCCCAGCAGCAGCAGUCUAGAAUAACGAAUUUUUUCCAGAAUCAACCUACGGAGGGUUACACCUUGUUCUCUCACCGGUCAGCCCCAAAUGGCUUCAAAGUCGCUAUAAUUUUAUCUGAAUUAAAUUUACCGUUCAACACCAUAUUCUUGGACUUUAAUAAUGGAGAGCAGAGAGCGCCCGAAUUUGUCACUAUUAAUCCGAAUGCAAGGGUUCCUGCUCUUAUUGAUCACUACAAUGAAAACACUUCAAUCUGGGAGUCUGGUGCAAUCAUAUUGUAUUUAGUGUCCAAGUUUUUAAGAGAAAAUGGCGAAUGUCCAUUAUGGUCUGAUAGUCUUAUAGAACAGUCUCAGAUAGCCUCAUGGCUAUUUUUUCAGACAUCAGGACACGCUCCGAUGAUUGGGCAAGCUUUGCAUUUCAGAUAUUUUCAUUCUUGUGCUGUUCCAAGCGCAGUGGAGAGAUAUACAGAUGAGGUCAGAAGGGUUUAUGGUGUGAUUGAGAUGGCACUAGCAGAAAGAAGAGAAGCUUUGAUUAUGGAUUUGGAUGUAGAGAAUGCCGCUGCCUACAGUGCUGGGACAACCCCAUUAUCUCAGUCAAGAUACUUUGAUUACCCAGUAUGGCUUGUAGGUGAUAGAGCAACCAUUGCUGACUUAUCUUUCGUUCCCUGGAAUAACGUUGUUGAUAGAAUUGGAAUAAAUUUAAAGGUCGAGUUUCCCGAAGUUUACAAGUGGACAAAGUAUAUGAUGAGACGUCCUGCAGUUGUCAGGGCAUUGCGUGGAGAUUAG